AUGUCUGUUCUGUCAUGUAGAGUGAAGGAAAAGGGAGGGUGGGAGACCACCGGAGAUGGAGGAGAGAAACUGUGGCUCAAUCCCGUGGAAGUGGUGGAGGUGGAGAUGGCGGUGAAAGGCGGUGGUGGUUAUGGAGGUGGCAUGGUGGCUAAAAACAAGGCUGUGGUGGCUACGAACAAGGCUCAGCCUCGUAGAAGCGAUGGAGGUGGAGACCAUGGUAGAGGUGUCGGUGGAUACCGUAGUCGAGGCGGUGGUAGUUAUGGAGAUGAUGGUGGUUAUAGAAGUGGUGAUUAA